AGAAAUAGUACAGAAGAUGGUCAGAGACUGCAGACCUAAUACAGAAGAUGGUCAGAGACUGCAGACCUAUUACAGGAGAUGGUCAGGGACUGCAGACAGGAUACAGUUGAAGGUCAGAGACUGCAGACAGGAUACAGGAGAAGGUCAGAGACUGCAGACAGGAUACAAGAGAUGGUCAGAAACUGCAGACAUACUACAGGAGAUGGUCAGAAACUGUGGACAGGCUACAGGAGAUGGUCAGUGACUACAGAAAUAGUACACAGGAGAUGGUCAGAGACUGCAGACAGGAUACAGGAGA